AUGGCCGGCACUCAGGCGGCGGCUCGGCGGGGACCCCUGCCUGUCCCUGCCCGCGGCGGCUCAGCCCCGCUGCUCCUCCCCACCGCCAAUAAAGAGGCGCGCGCGGCCGCCCGAGCGCCGGCCAUCCUAGGCGGGGCCCGCUCCUCCCGGCUCGUGCAGCCGUCUUCGCCCCGGCGGUGCUCCUCCUCGCCGGCGCCCACGGCCCACCAGGCGUGCCCCACCGCUCACCACCAGCUGCGCUCGCCUGCUUCCUCGGCGGCGCUGCCCACCUGCUCCCCACCGGCGCCGUCCGCUCCGCCCGUCCGGGGGCCGGCGGUUUUCGCCCUGGCGGCCGUCCCGGUCAGGCGUCGCGCCGGCGCCCAACCCCAUCCGUCCAUGGCUGCGGCUGGCCCGCGGGCGCCCCUGCCCGUCUGCGGCCACGGCCGGCCAGCCCGCGCCCGUUCCUGGCCGCGGUCCGUCCCCAGCUGUGGUGGCCUUGCGCCGCCCCCGCCUGUCCCCGGCCGCGGCCACCGAGGCACCGCCCGUCGCCCAGGCGUGGAGCAGAGGGACGGCCAAAAAAAUAGCAAGGGCAUAGAAGACAUGCUUCAACGUCCAUAA